GGGACGUGUAAGCAAAACCAGUUGAGUGAUCAUUUUACUUUUUAUUACAAGUUUAGAUCAAAUUUAAUCAGCAAGUGACUAAGAUGCAGGCUACUAUUUUGGCUAUCCCGGACAAAUGUGAGUCAGUAACUACCUACCCACCGUCUAUAGAUAUGCUCUGACUUAGCCCUCCAAAAAAAUGGGAAGCUGUCAUUUUUCAAACUAGUGUCAUAAAGUAAACCACCAUCCCCCUCCCCCACACAGGCCUGCACACGCUCUCCUGCCUGAAUGAAUUCAAGCAGGAAGACCUACAGUACAAGUCCUCAGGCCACACACAGGACCGCUGACAGUCAUAACUGUUAACUACGACUGCCACAACCUCAAACUGAAUCCCUUAUUUGUUCCAUAGCGUGACAGUCCCUCCACAAACAGUGUCUCUGUAUUUUCCUGUUCACAAUGACGGGUAGUGUUGAACCCCACGACUUUAGUUUGUUGCGCCACUCUUUUCCAUAUCUCUCCUUCUUCUUUUUCUACUUUUUGGUGUCCUCCCUGACUUGCCUGUCCUCUCCACCCUCUUUCUCGGUCAGAUCAGACUGUCCUGCAUUCCUGACAUUCCAGCUGCGUAUGUUAGAAAUUCCAUCCAGCUGCUGUGGGCUUGCAAAGUCUCUCUUUUUUCUUUUACCAUCCCUCUAUCCUUCAUCCCUCUCUUCGUCUACCCGUCUACAUCUGGUCCGCACCAGACGAGAUGGACAUGGCCUCACUGUCUUCACUCUCUCCUUCUGUCUGUUUGUUAAGGUCUUAUCCACGACAGAGCUACAUGACGGCCAGUGUGGAAGGCCUUGAGACGGGCUUUUAUCCAAUAAUAUAAGGUGAGAUAACACACACAGUCUAAUACAAAAGACUGGCCUUAUCUGCAGCUAUGGACGUGCAUUCUCUGCCACAGUGGGGAGGAUAAGAAAGAGAAAAAGACACAGUGGAGUCUAACCAGCAGGAUGUGCGUGUCAGAGAGAAAUAGGAACGUUGGUGUGUCAACAGGAGGGUGUGAAUGAAGCACGCACAAUGCAAAGAGGAAUCAUUGACAUUUUUUCUCUGCUGUAGUUUUUCUUGUUGAGCCUUUGGUGCAAAUGAAAGAGUGGAGUCACAAAUCCUUCAUUUUAGGUGCCUGACGUUAGGUAUCUUUGAAAAUAGUGUAAAUUUGUUUCAAUACGGCAACUUAUAAUCAGACAGCAGACCAGUCUACGUACCGAAUAAUGCUGCAACUGUUUAUUAACAAAGGAGAUGAUUUCACGUAAUCCGUCACACAUAAUAUAACCAUGCUAAUGCGUAAUGUAUUGUGAGGCAGGACUGGACAAGGAGCCUAUUUGAAAUCUUACAUCCUGUUUGACUUCAUACCCACAGGGGUUGGGGACUAAGCUUCCCUUAACUUUAGCUUAGCUUCUUUCAAAAUGAAAAGUUUUCAGGUUAGUAGUGUGCUACUCUCUUUUCCUUUUUUUUCUCUGGUGAUCCAUGGGAAAAUAAGACACCAAUAUGGAAUUAUUAAACACUGCAGUCCCUCAUAGGGCCUCUUGACACAGGCUCCAAACGCGUACAUCCUCAGUAUCCCCCGUAUUAAAAAGGUACACCGCACAUCUCUUUAACUACUUUCUUUACUCAAAAUGUGCAGGCAGUGAAUAUUGAAAUGGAUUCCUGUUGAAUUUAAACUACAUUCAAGUUAAAAAUUACACAGACUUAUGGGUGUGGCUGCUUUGAGUAACAGUUUGCUUCAUGUCAUUAUAGCUAACCCAUUGAUUCAGGCUUUUCUGGAAUCGAUUGUUUCUGUUGUAAUGACACCCCACUCCUGUGGGGGGCACUGCAGCCGCUGAACUAAAGGUGCCUCUCCUGUCGCUGUGGCAACAGUGACUGUGGCCAACCAAAAGCGAUUAUCCACAACAGGCGCAAGUAAUUGUUGUUUGAAGGGACAAGGUGGUGACACCUUUAGUUACUUUAUCUUAGUCACCAUACGUUAUAGCCGAGAUAAUGAGUACGAGUUUUUCAUUGUUUUGGUAACACAAGUUGACAUUAGUGAAGCAGUGCUAAAAGCUAGCGUUUCCUAUGUAUUAGGAGUAUUGGGGUCGCAUUUAAACGAUAUGAUUUUUAAGUCAUCUUCUUACAAAAAUAUAAAAGUUAAAUAAUUUUCCAACGAGAAUAAAAUCAAUGAAGAUUCAACAUCAGAAAAAAGCCUCAAGUAAAUAAAGUCAUAAUGUUAUGAGCUCAAAGUCAUAUUAUUUAGCUGCAAAAAUGCUACUUAAAUCUGCAGUGUACAUUUAAAAACUACUGUUUAAUCAAAAAAUGAUGACAGCAGCAGGUGGUGAGGUUAAGUCAGCGCCCACAACAUUCAAAGCUAAUGUUUGCAUUUUGGAUUUGGGUGUAAAACUCGAACAGAAAGAGUCCAUAGAAGUCACGUCCUGUUUAAACUCUAUGAGGCUGUGUUAAGAGAUUGCAACAAUACACUUAACCUCUCAACACACCGAGAUAUUACAACUUGUGCCAAACAAACGCAACUUUACAACUAGUUUGUCUGCAAACUGCAGUCAAAGUCAGUCUACGGCAGUCAUUAUGAGUAAGGACCUACAUCCUUGCAGUAAUGUCAAAAACAAGGGCUUUAAGAAGAUGGUACACACGCAGGAACUAGGCUACUCCACGUAAUACCAACACAGUACCAACACCCUUCAUAAAAUGUGACCCGACUAGCAGCAAGUCGGCAAUGUAGUAAAAAUUCACUAUACCGCGACACACUAGCUCACCAACAAGUUAGUUAGUUCUUGUGUUGAGAUGUGGCCAGGGAGAAGCAGCCCACUUGGAUUAGGAGUUGACCUUUCCUAGAUUAGGAUUGAACCGAGUUGUGAGGAUACCAUGAGGUGGUGAGAUAAGAUACCUUAAUCACUAGUCUGACCUUCAGCAGUAAAACUAAAAAGUUAAAUGCACGGAAAAUUACAGAGUUAUGACACAAAAUGAGAGAGCUGAGGACUAUGAUGCAGCAGCAACAGCUUUGUGAGUGGAAACCCAUUAUAAUUAGGGUGUUUUCCAUCGACGACAUAAAUCAAUUCAGGUACAUUCCUCUGCUAUAGGUGUGGCCCAGUUGGAGGAAGUUUACUGGCCCAGAUUGUAUAGUAUGCAACACAGACUGAUCAUUUCAGACUGGAAUGGGGACAAAAGCAGGGAAAGGGCGGUGGCUUUGGUACAACACUGAUCAUAGUGCAAAGAGAGGCUUUUCUUCUGCUCUGCUGAUCUUUAAAGGCUAUCUGACUUUAACCCUGAGAUCACUAGACAUGAAAGGGUGUAAGUUGUUUAACUUGCUGAGAGACGUCGCUGAAUGUCAUCCUGGAUUCAUCUUGUGAGAUGGCAGUGUGCUGCGUGAGGCCUGUAAGCCUGUCCUCGGGCAGUCUGUGGCAUUUUGAUUAAAAAAACGUCUGUAUUUUUCUGUCUAAAUGAACCUACAUAACACAUCCCUUCUUGCCCCAUCCUCCCUCGAAAAGGCAUGCAAUAGGAUUGAAGGGUGUUACCCUGUUGAGCAAGAUGGCUUCACUUCUGCAAAUAUAUGCAUUAAAACUGCUUCGAGGAUGUUUCUCAUGUUGUGUGCAGGAUGCAGGGGGAACAAUAGAAGUCGACAUGCUGCUUUUGAACUGACACCCUGUCAUUGCCAUGUGAUCCUCAUUGACAGGGUGGCUUAUGUCACGCUCUGGGUUGCAAUGGCACAAAUGCAGCUCGUGACACAGCCUAUUGCACAUUCCUACAGGCGCACUGAACUCUGGCUGUACAAUUAUGUAAGACAUGCCCCAUCUAUGUAACAUACAACACAGCAAGCUUUCUCUCCUCAGGCACACAGUUCAUAUGUAUUUCUGCUUUUAAAUGUUUCAAACAAAAGUGUUUAACACCGUAAAAGAUGAAUAUAUGAGAGCUCAAAUCUGGACAAGGAGGCCUAAAUACUUUGUUGCGUCACCUGCUUCAGGAAUGUGUUACGUAUUCUCAAAUCUUCGCAGUGACAUUUCUUUCCUUUAACAAACUCCUCUUUAAUUUGUGAGAAGAUAUCAUCACAUGACUGCUGGUGUCACUGCAUUUCUGAGGGAUGACUCGGCCCUAGUUAUCUUCACCUAUCCCCUACUUGAGCACAGGCUUUUUCCUUGGCCUAUAAUGAACUCAGCACAUUUUAAAGGGGCCUGUGAAUGCUGACACUUUUUUUAAGUUUGGAUUAUAUAAAUGUCAGCCACAACUUGCGACUGCAUCAGUUUGCGAUAGCGAUAUAAUCCCCCCAUUCCCCAAUAAUAAACUGAAUGAAUUCUUGAUAUGUGAUAGUAAGGAGUCCAAAUGGGUUUAACACAACCUAAAAUAAAUCUGCCUCUGUAUAAGUGCUAAUAUCUUGCAGUCUGUACACAUUUCCUUGCUUUUCUGUUCCCAUUUGUACACAUUGUGAUAUAUUUCUGACUUUUUAGCACAUAUCAUCCAGCCCUGUAGCAGCAGUCAGCCUUUGAAAAAUAACUGCAUGGCCACAAUUUUCACUGUAUCAGUCAUGAAAAUGCAAAUCUAAUGUUUCUAAGAGAUUGUGCUCAAAUGUCCAGGAUUCUCAUAAAUCACAAGCUGCUCUCUCCAUGGGCCUGUACAAUAUGAUCCAAAUGACAUACAGACAGGCCUUGAGCCAGAACUCCUAAAAGAUCUAAUGUAUGUGCUCGACAUACUGACGACGAAAAAUAGCCCAGUGCAGGGCGCAGAAACGAGAGCUGCAGGGGUGGGUUUUACUUGCAAAAAGUCGUGUUAGUAAGGGUUUCCUAGUUGUCGUUAGAAACGCUAAGUGGGUCAUCAAGCCGCCACAGGCUGAAUCAGGCUGACAGGAACAAGCAUUAAACCAGCAGAAACACACAGACAGCCUCGCUGACACUCACAAGCCCCACCUUGCCCACCGGCCGGGUCUCUCCUGCGCGGACGAACCCCUCUGAUCGGUCCGGUGGAGUUCAGCCUGCCUCGCCCACUGCUCGGCGGAGUCCCGGACCUUCGGCAGGGUGUGUCGUUGUCGGUUUGCUUCUCGUCUCCGAUGUUAAAACGGUUUUCUAAAUCAGCUGGAGAGUCGACUUUUCAGAGCAGGAUCGGUGGUGUAGGUGGAGGUGUAGGAGUACGCAACGCAGGACUUCAGCCCCUUUUACACAACUCCUGCUCCAGUCCUCUCUCUCUCUCUCUCUCUCUCUCUCUCUCUCGCUCUCUCACUCUCUCUCUCUCCCAUACACACACCCAAGUCAGACACACCGGCUUCCCACUCCGAUCAGCUGGCAGCGUAAUGACGUAUCAGCCAUGAGACGAGGACGUCAGAGUCUGCACGCAUCUGACGUACACGGGCAAGACUCGAAGCCUUUGACAGCUACUUUUCAACGUGUCUCAUCAUUUUAUUUUUAUACCUGUUCACCCCGUAAAUCCUUUUUCUUUCUUUUUUUGAGGGCUGAACUACGGUGGCCGACAACCCCCACUGCUGCAAAUUUUAAAAAAAAAGAAUGCAAAUAGAAAAAAAGGAAAUUGCAUUCUUUCAUUUGCAGCAGUGGCGGUUCUUGGCCAUCGUACUGAACAUUAAACUUUUCACAACCAUUUCAAUUUUUAAUUUUGAGGAUCAAAAGCAAAACACCUCAUUUGUGUGAGCACUGUGAAAGUCCUUAAUUCAAAGCUCUCACGAGUCGAUAAAAAAAUAUAAUGCUGACAUAUUUCUCACAGCAAAUUUAAUGAUAGUACACUUGACAAAAAUAAGAAAGCAGGGUGAGAAAUUGUUUCAAAAAUACAACCAUGAAUGUUCAAAGAUCAGUACAGAGAUAUUUUAUACUGUUUGACUUUUUGCACCAAAAUCAACUCUAAUCAAAAGCCUUGAAUGGCACAGAGCAAAGCUGUUCCAUUGUUUUUUCUCAAUGUCCUCAUUGAAAUGUUUUAUAAAGGCAGUGACUAUAAAGGAUGCAGUAAGACAGCUUGAGUCUCCAAAUGACCUCCAAAGAUAUCAGCAGGUCAGGAUGGACUUUUCCCUGCACACUGGAAAGGACUGGAAGGCCAGUCUCUUGUUCUCUCCCUCCCUCCCUUCCUCCUUCCCCUACACCAGCUUGUCACUCUGCAGCUUUUAGCUUGCUGCACUUUGACGAGCUGCUUCCUCAACUGUCACCUGACGGACCGCAUGCACACUCAGCAAAUCCUCACUGGGCCUCUCCUUCCUCUGCAUGCUUUGUGCCAGAAGCGUACAGUACAUGAGUCAAAGCUGAUUAGAUGUGACCCAUGAGUUUUUGUAGAUGAGUUCAACCUUGGUAUAUAACUGAAAUAUUUAUAAUAAUCAUAUACAUGAUGCUUUUUCUGUGUAAAUGCAUAUCACUUUAAAUUCAAUCUAAAAUGCUGACCUGUAAUCUUAACUGACUACUAGCUCAGCUGCAGUUUCCUUUGACGAGGUAGAGGUUAUUUAGACUCAAAUAGGUAAAAUUAUUGUUCAAAUUCACAUAAAAGCCAUUUCCUUUGAUGUUAGUAAUACUUAACAAUGACAGUCUGGAAAGAUGGUUUUAUGUUGUGCCACCAAAAUGCUGAUAAAUAACUUGUUGGUAGGAAAGAAAUGGUGUCGUGUGUGUUUUACUGAAUGAGUUUUAACAAGUCGGGUUUAAAGACAAAUUUCUGCUCUUUUGAACAGACAAUAAAAGUUAUUUUCAAUUCAAUUCAGCCUUCAGUAUCGUUGCUUCAAUAGCAUUGCUAGAAAGGGCAAAUAGCUAAUAUUACUGUCAGAAAGGACAUGGGCUGAAAAAUAAUAGGUAGUUUUAAGCACCUUUCUGUCUUUUAAAAUAGAAAUGGUUUUAAUGUACAGCUCAGUUUCCUUUUCUUUCCCUUUUUAAAAGCUUUUAAUUAAGUUUUGAGUGAUCAAAUUUGGCUUCAUAAAUAUGGAAUUUCCUAAAAUUGGCAUUUACGAAACAUUUGCUGAGCAAUUAUAGUUAGUUUCUCCUCCAAACUACCACCAUUUUGUGACAAGGUUAAUAUCAUGACCACACCCCUUAUGGAUUUUGAUUUGUCAGUGACAGCGAUGAGACAUUAAGAAGUGCAGUGUUGCCCCUAAAGUUGAGUUAUUCUUUGUGAUUUGUUGGGUUUGUGCAUGAUUUAAUGUUAUGGCACCAAUGUUACUGUAAAUCCAUGUUGAAUAAUCCAGCAGACGAAUAAAUAUAAAAGCUGGAACACACCAACAACAUCGGGCUUGUCCUAGAGAGAUUUUGAAAUAUGGAUGCUGUGUGCCGAAAACACUGAACUGCUUUUGUACAGAAAGCAGGUGUUGCCAGGUUUGCUUUGAGGCUUGAAAUUAUUCUGUGAUAUUUUUUUAUUUUGAGCAACUAGAUCAACUCAAUGAACGAGAUGUUCUAGGUCAUAAGCAACUAAAAAAAAUCCUUAAAAUCUGCUGAUGAAAAAGGAUGCUUUCCAAAAGUUGUCACUGCUGUUUAUAUCAAGAGUGCUUUGAGGUAGAUAAAUCAUAAAAAUUCACCAAUCUCCUUCACUAUAGAUGAAUUAGGUUAAAAAGGCUUAUAUGGACCAGCCCCUUAACUAUUUUAAAUCUGCCUUGGUUUAAGGUGUGAGCUUCCUCCCCUCCCCCGGCGCUGAGGCUGAGUGAGACUACACACCUGCUCCACAUCUCCAAUCAAGGCACUUUAAGAAGCCUGCAGCCCUCAGCCUCAGGGCCUGAGUAUUGUCUACCCUUCCUAGCGGUACAGACGUGUCUCCUGGCCUUCCUCGUGGUAUAAUCUUCAGAACUUUGCUCCCAGUGACUAUUUUCAUGUUCAUUAACUCCUGUCUCCUCUGGUUUUUUUCCUGCAGUGUCUCCAGCCCACACGACAGCCAGCCAACCAGCCCUUCGGACUUCCUCUGUUUGCACUAUCUUCCCUUUUUUGGACAUUAAAAGUCUCUUUAAGUUGAUCUCAGUCUCUGUGUCUGCAUCUGGGUCCUCACCACGAACCUGCCUCACAACAGAAUACUCAGGCCAGGAAAAUGGACCCAGCAGACCCAGACAGAGUUCAUCAAGCCUUCCAAGAGCUCGAACUUCGCCUCGAUCGGCGUGAGGACAUGCUCCAGGGCCUCAACCAAGCCUGUCAGGGCCUCACCGUUCAAAUGGCGCAACUGGCAGAUCAACUCCUCUCCCGGCUACCCCCGCAGCAAUCUGGGUCUCCCCCCUCUGUGAGUACGAUCCCCUCUUCACCUCCUCCACCACCCUUUAUCCUCAAAGAGCCCAAUGUCCCUCCUCCUGAGCCAUAUGCUGGGGAGAGUGGGGGCUGCAGAGGUUUCCUGCUCCGCUGCGCACUAGUCUUCGACCAUAAGCCCCAGCUUCCCGUGUACCAACCCGAGCCUAGGCCCCAGCUUCCCGUGUACCAGCCCGAGCCUAGGCCCCAGCCUCCCGUGUACCAGCCCGAGCCUAGGCCCCAGCUUCCCGUGUACCAGCCCGAGCCUAGGCCCCAGCUUCCCGUGUACCAGCCCGAGCCUAGGCCCCAGCUUCCCGUGUACCAGCCCGAGCCUAGGCCCCAGCUUCCCGUGUACCAGCCCGAGCCUAGGCCCCAGCUUCCCGUGUACCAGCCCGAGCCUAGGCCCCAGCUUCCCGUGUACCAGCCCGAGCCUAGGCCCCAGCUUCCCGUGUACCAGCCCGAGCCUAGGCCCCAGCUUCCCGUGUACCAGCCCGAGCCUAGGCCCCAGCUUCCCGUGUACCAGCCCGAGCCUAGGCCCCAGCUUCCCGUGUACCAGCCCGAGCCUAGGCCCCAGCUUCCCGUGUACCAGCCCGAGCCUAGGCCCCAGCUUCCCGUGUACCAGCCCGAGCCUAGGCCCCAGCUUCCCGUGUACCAGCCCGAGCCUAGGCCCCAGCUUCCCGUGUACCAGCCCGAGCCUAGGCCCCAGCUUCCCGUGUACCAGCCCGAGCCUAGGCCCCAGCUUCCCGUGUACCAGCCCGAGCCUAGGCCCCAGCUUCCCGUGUACCAGCCCGAGCCUAGGCCCCAGCUUCCCGUGUACCAGCCCGAGCCUAGGCCCCAGCUUCCCGUGUACCAGCCCGAGCCUAGGCCCCAGCUUCCCGUGUACCAGCCCGAGCCUAGGCCCCAGCUUCCCGUGUACCAGCCCGAGCCUAGGCCCCAGCUUCCCGUGUACCAGCCCGAGCCUAGGCCCCAGCUUCCCGUGUACCAGCCCGAGCCUAGGCCCCAGCUUCCCGUGUACCAGCCCGAGCCUAGGCCCCAGCUUCCCGUGUACCAGCCCCAGGCUCCCAGUGUUCAGGCCAAGCAGCAGCCCCAGGCUCCCAGUGUUCAGGCCAAGCAGCAGCCCCAGGCUCCCAGUGUUCAGGCCAAGCAGCAGCCCCAGGCUCCCAGUUUUCAGGCCAAACAGCAGCCUGCGUACCGUCCCAAGCCCCCAGUUUUCAGGCCAAACAGCAGCCUGCGUACCGUCCCAAGCCCCCAGUUUUCAGGCCAAACAGCAGCCUGCGUACCGUCCCAAGCCCCCAGUUUUCAGGCCAAACAGCAGCCUGCGUACCGUCCCAAGCCCCAGCAGCCUGCGUACCGUCCCAAGCCCCAGCAGCCUGCGUACCGUCCCAAGCCCCAGCAGCCUGCGUACCGUCCCAAGCCCCAGCAGCCUGCGUACCGUCCCAAGCCCCAGCAGCCUGCGUACCAGCCAAAGCUCCAUCCUUGCGCCUACUACUUCCGGAAAUUCUCACCCACCAAACGAAAGCAGGACGUGGGAAACCGGGAGUUGCUGGCUGUUGUGUGGGCACUCCAAAGAUGGAGACACUGGCUGGAAGGAGAACAACAACCAUUCCUCAUUUGGACCAACAACAGAAACCUGCAAUACCUCCGCUCUGGUCGUUGCCUCAACUCCAGGCAAGCCCGCUGGUCCCUUUUCCUUCAUAGAUUCACCUUCCCCGUCUCCUGUCGUCCCGGCUCCCGCGACCUCAAACCAGACACCCUCUCUCGGACCCACUCCUUGGUUACCCCGGACCCCAUCCUCCCUGCCUCCUGUGUCGUCGGCUCCACCUCUUGGGAGAUCGACACCAUCUUCCCUGUCUCCUUGUUAAAGCCUGUUGCCUCGUGCACCCUGAGCCCUCCUUCCGUCGCCCCUCCACCCCCCCGGUUGAUUGACGACCACCCUGCCCUCACCGUACGGAAAAUCCUGGAUGUGCGGCCGCAGGGGCGAGGCUUCCGGUGUCUUGCGUACUGGGAGGGGUGCGGUCCGGAGGAGCGUUCCUGGAUCUCCCGCUCCCUCAUCCUGGACCACCAACUCCUUGAGGAUUUCUACGUCGCUCACCCCAACAAGCCCAGCAGAACGCCAAGAGGCGUUCGUUAAGGGGGGGGGUACUGUGAGCUUCCUCCCCUCCCCCGGCGCUGAGGCUGAGUGAGACUACACACCUGCUCCACAUCUCCAAUCAAGGCACUUUAAGAAGCCUGCAGCCCUCAGCCUCAGGGCCUGAGUAUUGUCUACCCUUCCUAGCGGUACAGACGUGUCUCCUGGCCUUCCUCGUGGUAUAAUCUUCAGAACUUUGCUCCCAGUGACUAUUUUCAUGUUCAUUAACUCCUGUCUCCUCUGGUUUUUUCCUGCAGUGUCUCCAGCCCACACGACAGCCAGCCAACCAGCCCUUCGGACUUCCUCUGUUUGCACUAUCUUCCCUUUUUUGGACAUUAAAAGUCUCUUUAAGUUGAUCUCAGUCUCUGUGUCUGCAUCUGGGUCCUCACCACGAACCUGCCUCACAACAUAAGGUUUGGGUUUUUUUUUGAAGAUGUCAGAGCAUUUGCUGCUACUAUCUGUUUGUACUAUGAUGUCCACAGCACAUCCAGCGAGCGUGCGAAUCACAUCUUCCCCCACCGCCGUUCGUGACUCGCAAGCUCAUCAGAACAAGACGUGAGCAUGUUUCUCAACACAUUAAAACAGCCACAGUCAAUCACAUGGCCAAAAACCCAUAAAAAUGAGAUGUGGUUGUGUGAAGAAUAAAAUGGGUUUGGCGUCUGGCUAAAUUUGGUGCUUAUUGUCUCAUAAAGAGAUCUGUUUGUCUGUUAAAACGAGUCAAAUUUCUUUGCAGUUUUUAUCCUAAAAGCCAGCUCUCUAUUUCCUUUUAGAGAAGGACCUUUAACAAAACAACUGUAUCAUAGCUGAACUUUGUCACUCCUACGUCAAUAAAUGUAACGUGUCUGCUCUGACUCAGCAUCAUGAUUUAUCCUCUCUCUUCCUGUAGCUCUUACAGGAAAAGCUCAGACAUGUGCAGGGAAUGCAGAAGCAGGAUAGACUUGUUUGAGGUCAGAGAGCGAGCCUAUUCUUAGCUCCGGUGGGUGUUUGGUUUAACAGCAGACAGAAAAUAGCAACCAAGUUUAGUGACUGCACAAUUAUUCUAAAACUUACAGUCUGACAAAGGACUGUACUCUGAAGAGGCACACGUAUUUACUUAAUUAAUCGAGGAAUGACUGGAAUCUGUGUAACAGGAAUAGGAUGGAAAACCCCCGGGGGGAAAUACCACACUGUGUGCUGUGGAUGUAGUCAUAGACAUGACAUGAAAUCCCCAUGGAGGAACAGAAGCAUAGUUUCAUAAACUGUUCUCAGUUCUGUGUACAUAAGUAAAGUCACGUUACCGCACUGCUUUUCUCCUGACUUUUAUGUUUAGAACAACCUUUUAAAUGUGGUUGAUGAUGCAAAGUUGCUUCUGAGACCAGAUUGAGGUCCACUAAAUGAAUAAGAUGUAGCCAUAAAUGGUUGUUUUAUGGCUGCCAAUGGUAAAUGGUAAUUAAGUUUAGAAUUUUCUUUUUAGCUUAUUUUUUGUUUUGUUUAAUUAAACAAUGUAUAACUGUCUGCCAGUGGCUUGUUUGGUCAUCAGCGGGUGUAGCUGUUCCCAAAAAAGACUUCUACACAUCUGCCUGCUUUAUGGACUGUCCGUACACUUAUAUUAAAGCACAGGUCAGUUAUAUACAACAACUUCACAACAGUAAAACAAAAAUCAGAGCAUUCAAAUUAAAAGGCAGUGUAAAAAAUGUCGAGCCAGCUGACUGUUAUGUGUCAUAAUGUUCUGAGCAAUCAUUUUGACACAAAGGUCAUGUGAUUGUUGAUUGUAAAAUACUGAUGAUAGCAGCUUUAAUGUUGGCUUUCAUUUAAAUGAUGUAGACUAUUUAUUUCACACUAUUUUGCAUGCAUCAACUGGUUUGAUCAGUGGUACCCAAAUAGAAGGUCAGAACCACCACAGGGGGUGAGACACCGGCCUUUUACACAAUGCAGUAUGUAAACACCCACUGAUGCAAAGAUUUUUUUCAAAUAUCAUAUUUUUAUCAUUGUUGUAAAAUCUAUGAACAAAACAGCAGCUUGAUUCUUUAAUAAAAUCAUGCUGAUGAAAACAAAGUGUCUUCACUUUUCCUGCUUUUCUUGCAGUGAGUAACAUUUGUCCAAAUUGAGGUCAUGAGUUUAAAGAACCAUAAUCAUGAGGGUACAGGGCUGAAAGGUUUGAGAACCCCUAGGUUACAUGAUACCUUUCUACCUAUGUGCAACUUCUGCAUAUGACCUGAGCCCUCCAUGAUAAGACUCAGCAAACAUUUAAAUCCAUAAAGCUGGUUGAACAAGAAUUACAUACAGUAGUAAAGUACAGUUAGCAAUGACAACAAUGCGCUCCUUCUCUUUCUCACAGCAGUCUCUUAAGGACAUAAGCUCCAACAGUCAAUAGGUCGGCUGGUGCAUAUUCAUGUGUUUAAGGGAGGGGCAAGAAGCUCACUUCUUGGAACAACUGAAGUUAGCCUGUAGUUGUGCUGGAUGCUUGAUAAAAGUUGGCCUAAUACCAUAGCAGCCCGCAGGUAAAUUCUGCAUAAAAUGUAUAAAAACAUAGGGGAGAGUGGGGUAAGUUGAGCCAAAGGGUAAGUUGAGCCACCCCCUGUUGCUUGGAAAUGGUCAAAGAAAUUGAUCAUGUGACCAAAUAUUUAGGAGAUGGGCAUCAAUUCAUGGAGUCUGUGAAGGUUAGAAGCACAUGGGUGAAGGGGUUAGACAUUUAUUUCCAAAAAAAAAAAAAAAAAAAAACAUUUUUACUCUUGAAAGUGAAUUUAGUCUGCCAUAAGUUUUUUUCAAAAAUGUGUUCAGACCAAAAAAGAUCAUUUUAAAUUUGUUUUAUACAUCGAUUGUGGUAUCUAUAAGCUACAACAUGACUUAGCUAAGUCAAAAACUGAGCAUAAAAGUCCACCAUUUUAGCUAAGAGGACUAAUAAAGUCAUUGCAGUAGUUCUGGGGUAAGUUGAGCCAGUGGCUUAACUGAGAAAGUAAAGAAGUCUGAUAAGAGGAUCAGAGUUUCAGUUCAGAUUGUUGAAAUGUUUUACUUUUUCUUUUCAAAAAUACAGCUGUGAAUGUUCUGAGUCACGUAAAGUCAUUCUCGGGUUAAAAUGGCUUCCAUUUUUAUAAAUUUCAACCUACCCCAUACACAGGCUAAAUUGACCAUAGGGGACCACUUUUUUUGGCAUGCUAUAUUAUCAAGACAGUUAUGUUUACACUCAUUCUGUUGGUUUGCAGGGAUGCACACCAUCUUGAAAUAUAUGAAGAUACACUAGUUAGAGACAAAACUAUGAUUGCCUUGAUGUAGUGAUUCAAAAUAUGAACAAUGUCUCAUCUUAACCUACUCUCCCUUAUCACCUGCUAACUAAAAUUAAAGCAUGAGUGAUAAAAUACAGCCUAUUUGCAGGUUGUUAUAUCCAGUAAACAAACUUGCCGGGCAUUCAGUCCAGCACCAAGCAUGAGGAAAACAAAAAGGCAGUUGCUUCAGUGGCUUACAGUGGGAAAGUAUUACAGACUAAGCUUCCUACGUGAAGGUGUGUUGACCCUUGCCACAGGUGUGACAGUUCACACCUGUUUGUACUGUAUCUGACGUCAUGGGGAGUUCACAAGGAGACCUCGUGGCGCAACGGUAGCGCGUCUGACUCCAGAUCAGAAGGUUGCGUGUUCAAAUCACGUCGGGGUCAAAAUGUUUGCUGUUGUAAAUGGUUCCCAGAAAGUCGAAUUAUGCAGGUGUUACCUAUCUGUUCUCCUGUAAAUUUCCCCAGACACAGAUAUUUCUAGUCCGUUUGGGUCGUAAGUUGAAUGUGUGUUGUUUGAUUUUGAUUUUACCAAACACUGAGGCUCACAUUGGUCACUUUACAGCACAAGUCUUUGGUUAAACGCGAAAGUAUGGGUACUCGGAGGGCGCGUCCUGUUGCCAUGGAAACACGUAAUCCUAUGGCAACGCGGCGUUGAAUCAGGAAAUGCUUGGCUGGUAGAGGCAGCAAUGAGGGGCCUCGCGUGUUCCACUUGUUUUUUUAAAACCCCGACAUAUACGGCAGCUUGUCAUGGGACUCAGGAGCAUCUGUAGACUUUGAGCAAAGCGAGAAUUUGUAAGUAGCUGACCGUAGAUAUUGAGCAUUUUGUGGUUAGAUUUAGCUUAGCCUGCAUUUCUCUCUGUGUACUCUGGACUCUUUUUUUCAUGAAAAACUGUUGUAGAUAAGAGUUUUGGUCUGAAAUGCUUUACUCAGACAGUUUUUUAAGAGUAGGCUAAUGUACCCUAAAAGAGAAAUACAUGUAGGCCUACCUUAAAGCUGUGGUUGUACACUGUACUGGUACUGUUUACAUUCACACCAGUGUAACAUCUUUCAACCAGGUUUAUUAUUGCUGCCCUGAACAGGAAAAUAAUGGACUGAAUUAACUAGCUUCGUGUAAGCUUUAACAGUGAAGUCAGAUCAUAUAUUUCUGUAAACUAUUACAGUUAACUAUCUCUAAGUUAAGCUAAAAAAUAGUGUUUAUAGAAUUCAAACAGAGAGCUAUUCACAAAGUGUUGACAGGUUCAUAUUUACAAGUUUACAAGUUUAAAUGCUUUUCUUGUUAGGGUUUGUUAGGGUGAGAAGAUUAUGCAGAAUGUGUUUCUGAGCUUCAUUUACAUUUAUUUUGAGGUCCUAGCCUCUGAUUUGUAAGUGCUGUGACAUGUGAUCAGGGUUGUCCAGGAUGUUAAGCUUUUGGGGUUAUAUUGUGGGGAUGACAAGAUGGCUGAAUAGUAAAGGUGCUGCUAAGUUAUCCGUCUCCAUCCUGCUGUUUCUCAUCAUUAGAAUUAUUAUUAUAUUAGAAUAUUUUAAUGCUCAAUAAAAAUGUAGUAAUGUGGUUGUUGCCAUCAGAUUAAAAAAAGCAUUCUCAAAUAAAUACACCUAUUCUCAGCAUGGAUUCAUUAACAUGCUACAGAGUUUGAAAACAGCAUACUAGAGUGAGCCUAACGUGUUGCUCCUGUGGCAGUUCAAACUGAGGUCACUAUAAUUGUACACAAUGCAGAAAUGAGCAUAAAAAUUGAGGUAGUGGUAGUAAAGGAUCCCUUGCAGGAUUGAAGGGCUCAUUAAAAAACAGGCUCAGUGUGUCAUUUUCCAUCACUGGCCUAUGAAAGCUCAUUACUUUAAACAAGCAAUUACCACUUUGACUCAAGAGGGAAUCAUUAGUAAUCGAAUCCCCAGCCUUGUUUGCUAAUGUACAGUGUCUACGUGUAUAUGUUUACGUUGCCUCCCUGUAGAGAAAUCUUGGUGCAUCUAUGCCUCCGGAGAUGGUGUCCAAGUCGUUGCAAGCCCCUCAGGGUCCAGGUCAGCCUCGAGGCCAGCUGCGAGAGCUCAAGGCUGCUAGAAGGAAGAACGGAAAACGGCUCGGUAACAGUGGCCGCAGGAGCAAAAAAAUAAGCCCUAAGGAUUCAACAGGCCUGCUGAAAAACAAAUCCAGUGUGAGUGGAGAGGCAGAGCUGAGUGGCCAGGUUGGGGAGAGCUUGAGGUGGGAGGAGGCACUGCAAGACCCUCAGGCUGAAGAGAUGAGGCUGGAGCUGUACAGGGCCAACAGGAGGCAGCGUUACAUCACACACAGAAAGGCGCUACUAAAAGACAACCAGACUGCUUUUUCCACACAGAGUGAAGAGAAAAAGGCUUUUGCUGAAUCUGAGAAACAGGUGGCUGCAUCACUACUCCAUCUGAAAUUGAAAUAA